AUUUUGUGUCACCAUUUCCUGAAUCAUCUAUCACACCAAUAUCUGACAAUAAUAAUCUUGACAUAAACAAUGACAUUAUAAAUGAAUCAGAAUUAUAUAAUGAAAAUUCAGCUCUUGAAACAGAUGAUAUAUCGACAACUAGUCCAGUCCAAGGACAGACCAUCAGUCCGCCGGUCUUUUGGGACUGUUUAACAUCCCUACACAUUUCAAACAUGAAAGAUUUUGUGUCACCAUUUCCUGAAUCAUCUAUCACACCAAUAUCUGACAAUAAUAAUCUUGACAUAAACAAUGACAUUAUAAAUGAAUCAGAAUUAUAUAAUGAAAAUUCAGCUCUUGAAACAGAUGAUAUAUCGACA